AAAUGUGUUCGGUAAUAAUUAGUAAACAGCGCAGGUAGUUUGUCCGGUUCACUAUGACACAAUUAAUUUUUUAAGGCAAUCAGGAGUAAAAUCAGCCAAUCACUGCUCUCCGGUUCGAUUGCGUAUUGAUUUGGGUUGAAGCGUCUCCUUUGGCCACCGGUCUGCGCUCAUCUAUCUUACCGACGCUCGGCACAUGUGUGUGUGCGGGAUCUACAGUCCAUGGAUUGUAACUUUGAGUCGGCGGACCUGUGCAGUGAAAGGUGUUUUGUAUGACUAGACGUCGCUGUGACCGGAUACGACGUGGAAUGACAGAAGAAAUUAAGAAAAUGAGAUGAGAGUUUGGCGAAAAGUGCAACUCGAUUGAACGCGCUGCGGCUGGACUUCAUAUUAAUUAACAAAAACACCUUUCAUCUCUUAAAGAUGGGAAGCCAUGUCUGCACUGCGCUCCCAAAAUAAAGGAAUAAUUCACCAAUAACACAACAGGCAACCCGGAUCGAUCAACGAGGCUGAUUGAGGAUUCCACCUCAAGUCUCUAAACUGGAUCCUACUGCUCGCAUCGAUCAGCGGAUUUGAUUGAUCACCUGCAGACACUCAACACCCUCAAAGGGAGAAGAUGCCAUUCCACCAUGUGACGGCAGGCCUGCUCUACAAGGGGAACUACCUGAGCCGCUCACUGUCAGACAGUGACAGUGACGUGCUGGCCAGCAUCUCUGUGGAGGAGCUUGAUGAGAUCCGGGAGGCGUUUAAGGUGCUGGAUCGUGACGGAAACGGGUUCAUUUCCAAACAGGAGCUGGGUAUGGCUAUGCGCUCUCUGGGCUACAUGCCCAGUGAGGUUGAGCUGGCCAUCAUCAUGCAGAGACUAGACAUGGAUGGUGAUGGACAGGUUGAUUUCGAGGAGUUUAUGACCAUCCUAGGACCCAAACUCCUGUCCUCUGAAACGAGAGAAGGCUUCCUGGGCAGCACAAUAGAUACCAUCUUCUGGCAGUUCGACAUGCAGCAAAUCACCCUGGAGGAGCUGAAACACAUCCUGUUCUACGCCUUCCGCGAUCACCUGACCAUGAAGGACAUUGAGAACAUCAUCAUCAACGAGGAGGAGAGCCUGAAGGAAAACUCUGGAAACUGUCAGACGGAGUUUGAGGGAGUUCACCCUUCAAAGAAGAAUCGCCAGACGUGCGUGAGGAAGAGCCUCAUAUGCGCCUUUGCCAUGGCAUUCAUCAUCAGCGUCAUGCUCAUCGCAGCCAAUCAGAUGCUGAGGAACGGCAUGGAGUAGCUGAGCCCACUGUGAACAGGGAACAAGCCAGCCUGCAUGUGCAUGCCAGUGGGUGAGGUCAUAUCCCUGUUGAUAGGAAAAGGACUACAAGGAAUAAUACUCAAAAUAAUCGACAAAAUCCAUUUUUAAAGUUAUUCUUAGUUUUUUGAACGAGUGGCGCCUCUCCAUGUGACGUCCAAUGAAACCGUGAAGCCAGCAUGAGGAGUGAUGCAGGACUCCUCCCCCUUUACUCUGACAGGGACACUCAAGGGCUGACAUUACACAUGAUACUCUGUCGUGUCUGUUUCCCUGAUGCAAUAAAAAAAUGUAACAAAAAAAAGUGCAGGAGUUCAGAGCUUUUCCAGCAGGCGAGAUGUGACGUGUGUGUCUGCAGAUCUGUCACCCACCAGGAGUCUGAUGAGCUACCAGAGCUGCAGUCUGGGCCCCGAAAGAGAACAAUUGCCCUCUUAUUAUAGUUCCUGGAGGCAUGAUGGCAGCGCUCGCCGCCACUCAAGCAGAAGGAUCUGUACACAUCAGGCGGACAGCUCCUGGAGCUCCCAUGGUGCUACGAUACUUCAGCUCUCCAACUUUCUAUUUUCAACUACUGUGACUGUGGGCUGGUAUGAGGUGCUGGCAUCAGUUCAUCGGCCCUACACACCAAGCAGUCAAGCGAGCAAAACGUUAAAUGUUAACUCCAGGCUGGUGUUUUGGCCUGUGAUAUUCAUGAAUGAACACAGAAGCUCUGAAAGUUUGAACACUGGACACUGUUCAGGGUGCAAAGAAAAGGUUUCUGUGUUCUAUUAAAGGAAAGAAAAUCCACCCUUUUAGUGUUCACUCUGUUCUAUAUCAUCACUCUGUGGUGUUCAGUGCACUCCAGGAGUGAUUUUGCAAGGUGAUUUAAUUCAGCUUUCUCUCACUCUGCCUCAUCUACUUCUGCCUCAGUUGGUGAUUUUCUACAUUUCCCCAAAUGACUUUGGACAACCCCCAGAGAUGAAGUGUGAAACCAUUGCAUUCAAAGACAAUGGAAGAGCAAAAUAACACAAGGUUUUCCAAUCGACAGAACCUGAAUAGAUUUAGUCUAAAUCAUAGAUGCUCAACUUGCUCUGCCCAGGGGCUACUUUUGCAAAAUAUUCACAAGGCCAGGGAAGAGUUAUUAAAUAAACAUUAAUAAUAUUUGUCAGAUUAAAUGAAUGGACAAUGCAAAUCCAGUCGCAGCAGCCCUGCAUGGGUCAGAUGUAGGCAAGGGUGUUUCUAGGAUUUGAGGACAUUCAGGACCUCUUUCGGGGGGUCUGGGGGAUCCUUUCCCUGGCACUUUCUUUUCAUAAUUAAGCUCUACUUCAGUGUUUUGUAUUAACUAAGGCACACCAGUUACAGUCUAAGUACAAACAAUUUUUUUUAGUGUGAAUCAGUUUAAUACCAUUGUGAAAUAGAAAAAAACUGGCGGGUCCUCCGGCUCCACUUCAUCACAUUUUUCCUAUUUUCCUAUUAGUUGUUGAAUAUAUGUUGCCACGUAAUCUGGGUUUGGCCAGUUGUCUGUGAAUAUAAAGGCCCAGGAUCACCAAAGCAACAUCAGAACUUGCGGCAAUGAAGGCCGACUGUUGCGUCGCCUCAAGUCACCUGUGUCUCGGCCAAAAAGUUUCACUUGAACAAAAUACAAAGAUACAGCCAACAGCCAACUAGCACGUACGUUCUGCACCUGCGCAGGAGGACAUAACUCUCCAGCAGCAAGUGGCUGUAGACUGUAUUCAUCAUCCAAAAAGGGAAACCGAGAGGCCAACAGGACGGUUCAAGACGCUAGAUGGCCCGUUAGCACACUAACAACACAACCUAACCUUACUAGUGAACAAUAACACAAUUAUGAACCAUUCUGCUAAAGAGCUCAGUGGCUAAAAAAAACCAA